CCACAGGCCCCGCCUACUGACCCGGAACUCGUCGCCGGCGGGUCACGGGACGAAGCCCCUCCUGCCGCGCCUGCGCGACGGGCCCCGGAGGCCGGCGGAGUCUGCGGAACCGGGAAGAUGGCGCUGGACGGCCCCGAGCAGAUGGAGCUGGAGGAGGGCAAGGCCGGCAGCGGGCUCCGCCAGUACUACCUGUCCAAGAUCGAGGAGCUGCAGCUGGUCGUGAACGAUAAGAGCCAGAAUCUCAGGCGGCUACAGGCGCAGAGAAACGAGCUCAAUGCGAAAGUCCGCCUGCUGAGGGAGGAGCUGCAGCUGUUACAGGAGCAGGGCUCCUAUGUGGGAGAAGUGGUCCGGGCCAUGGAUAAGAAGAAAGUGCUGGUGAAGGUGCACCCUGAGGGCAAGUUCGUCGUGGAUGUGGACAAGAACAUUGACAUCAACGAUGUGACACCCAACUGCCGGGUCGCCCUAAGAAACGACAGCUACACCCUGCAUAAGAUCCUGCCCAACAAGGUCGACCCACUGGUGUCUCUGAUGAUGGUGGAGAAGGUGCCAGACUCCACGUACGAGAUGAUCGGCGGGCUGGACAAGCAGAUCAAGGAGAUUAAGGAAGUGAUCGAGCUGCCUGUCAAGCACCCUGAGCUGUUUGAGGCCCUGGGCAUCGCGCAGCCCAAGGGGGUGCUGCUGUAUGGACCCCCAGGCACCGGGAAGACCCUGUUGGCCCGGGCUGUAGCCCAUCACACGGACUGCACCUUUAUCCGCGUGUCUGGCUCUGAGCUGGUACAGAAGUUCAUCGGGGAAGGAGCAAGAAUGGUGAGGGAGCUGUUCGUCAUGGCGCGAGAGCACGCACCCUCCAUCAUCUUCAUGGACGAGAUCGACUCUAUCGGCUCCUCCCGGCUGGAGGGCGGCUCUGGGGGCGACAGUGAGGUGCAGCGGACCAUGCUGGAGCUGCUCAACCAGCUGGACGGCUUCGAGGCCACCAAGAACAUCAAGGUCAUCAUGGCUACUAACAGGAUCGACAUCUUGGACUCGGCGCUGCUUCGCCCAGGCCGCAUUGACAGGAAAAUUGAGUUUCCGCCCCCCAACGAGGAGGCUCGACUAGACAUUCUGAAGAUCCACUCUCGGAAAAUGAACCUGACCCGGGGGAUCAACCUGAGGAAGAUCGCCGAGCUCAUGCCGGGUGCAUCAGGAGCGGAAGUGAAGGGCGUGUGCACCGAAGCCGGCAUGUACGCGCUGCGGGAACGGCGAGUCCACGUCACGCAGGAGGACUUUGAGAUGGCGGUUGCCAAGGUCAUGCAGAAGGACAGUGAGAAAAACAUGUCCAUCAAGAAGCUGUGGAAGUGAAGCGGUGUGCCUGGCCGGAUCCCUCCAGUAAAGUUCUGCAGUGUAAACUCUCGGACUUGUGUCUGAGUGAGCCGCGUGUUCAGUGACCAGGUCAGGGUACACCAAUAAACAAAAGAAUUUAUUUGGAACCUGA